CUCCUCCCCAAACCAACGACAGCAAGAAGAACAGGACCCUCAAUAUGGCUGUCACGGUGUCCUCCCCGCGGCGACCUUCCAGCUUCACUCCGCUCGUCCAGAAGCCACGACCCCAAACGUCACAUCCGUUACAUCACCAGUCAUUCGCAGCGUCCCCUAGGAUCCGGUCUGCUGUUGUAACGAUGCCGAGAUCUCACGUGAGUAUCGCGAGAUUCUAUGAUUGGUCAGAAGAUUUGGGAGAAUGUGUGUCCGUAUCCAAGUUCUAUAGAGACCUGGCUGUGGCCUCACAAAAACACGACAAAGUCAGGGCCAGACACAAAUGCUCUUCUAAUGGCGCUCACGUGAAUCCAGGGCGCAUGUUUCUCCGGGAUAAAGCCGGGCUAACGAAAGGAGAAAGGGAGAUAAUCGAAGGGAUUUAUAGAAACCGGGGCGACCUUCCAAAGGAAUCGGAAAAUUUUAAAUCUUACAAUUUUAAGGAUGAAUGGGAUUUCGUCAGAAGUCAUAAAGACGCUUGGAUGAUUGGGAAACAGCUACAAAGACAAGAUCUGAAAUGUGACCCGAGUUUGCACCUUAAAGUUCCUGAACAUUUAUUCAGUCGAUUAAGUGAAAAUAAAUCAAACUCAUCCGGAGAGAUGUGUAAAAUUUGUGAUGCCAAUCUUUUAAAUGACUCAGAUUUUGAUGAAAAUAGAACCUGUUUUCAUUGGAAGUCGAAUUAUCCAACAGCGCCACCUACAACACCGGAUACUGAUACACGGGAAUUUGAUUUUCCAGAACAAACGCAAAUAAAAAAGAAAUCCAUCCAAAGAUUCAAAUACGAACAAGAGAAACAAUCUGAUGAUCAGAGGUUGCGUGUUGUAAAAAGUGUGGACGAAUCAUUGCUCACUCCUAGAUCACGUGACAAAUCAGACAAAAAGAAAUUAUUCGUCAACGUGUUCCUACCCAGAAUUCCGUCGGAUGCUACUACGCAUGACUACCCCUGGAUUGUGGAUAGCAGGACAAGUAGUUUUUUGACAGAUUAUAGUCGUAAUGGCACGACUCCAAGAGUUUGUAAGACAAAGAACGAGUCUGCUUCUUAUAUGAAUGCACUCUCUGUUGCUCGCAACCAAAACCAGACUUCAAAAUCGCAACAUUUGACUUCAAAUAGCACUGGCUAUGAUUGAAACAUCGUGUGCAUUGGUGAAAGAUUUUAUUGUUUAUUUAUUAUGAUGUUAUUUAUUUUAUUAUUUGAAUUAUUCAAAUGCUUCUUUACUUGCCAAUAUGUUGAAAGUUGAUACAUGUAUUGAUUACUAAGCUCUAGUCAGCGAAAAUUAUGAGGAAAAUUUUCAGUAAAUUCCAAUGUUUCCUUUGUAAUUUCAUAAAAUUUUAAAAUUGAAAAUUAGUUCCUACUAUUUGUAAAAUUUAUAUUUUUUCACG